CACUCUCAAAGACAUGCAAACAUCUUCGAACUUCUUCAGAUCCAAGCUGUUGUAAUUGCAUCCAAUCAUAUCAACGAACACCCGAUCAAAUCUGGAUACGUGUUGUUGACGCGUCCACACUCUGGUGUCAACGAAGCGGGCCUGUGACAGUGUUUAGCAUGGCUAAUAACAGUUCUUUCCACCACUUCAGCCACGGACAUCAUGACCUUGUUCUGGCUGUAGAUUACAACUUCUAUGGUACUCGUAUGGUGACUGCGUCUUCCGAUCAUCGCUUGAAGGUCUGGGACAGAAAAGACGAUGGCUGGACAGUGACCGACGUUUGGAAAGCUCACGAUGCGGAGGUGACAGAUGUAAAAUGGAACGGUCCGUUUGUGGGCGAAAUCAUAGGAAGCAUUGGAGAAGAUGGCUUAUUACGGAUAUGGCAAGAGGAUGUGCUUGAAGCACCCCUCUCAGGCCGUCGCUUCAAGCGCAUCUACCAACAACCUUCGGCGACAAGAGUGCCGUACAUGUCUCUGGACUUCAAAAACAUCGGCACUGAAACUUAUCUGGCCAUGAUCUCUCGCGAUGGACAGUUGACAGUUUGUGAGCCCGUGGAUCAUGACAACCUGUCUGAAUGGCAGAUCCUAUGGCAAGACUACCUAUGCAAAACACCACAGAGGACAGAAGAGACUGGUUUCCGAUUGAGCUGGCAUCACGAAAAACUGCCAGCCUGGCCUGCUAUCAUGGCUGGACUGGAUCGCAAGAGUCUGUCAUUGGCUGUCUCGGUAAUGGAUACCGUCAAGAUAUUCCGCACCGACAAAGACCGCAAGUUCUACACAGCUGCAGAGGUACGCGGAUCAGACGCAUUGAUACGAGAUGUCGCUUGGGCAAAUGGCUCAAUGCGUGGCUUCGACGUGAUUGCGACUGCCAGCAAAGAUGGAAUCGUUCGCGUGUACGAAUUGCACACUCCAGGCAUAUCAGAGACGUCGGCAUCCGAGCCCAAGCGCACCAAUGACCCCCAUUCUGGUCUGAAGUCACCGACUUUUCCUAAGCCUCAUCAAUCAGGCAUAGGCGCUGGACUAGCUGGAGGACCACGCGGCGGCAGAAAUGAAGAACAGGAUCGUCCUGGAAGGGUCAAUCAGGAAGCAAAACUUGUAGCAGAGCUCUCUGCCCAUAGUGGUGCAGUCUGGCGAGUUGGGUUCUCACAGAUGGGCGAUCUACUAGUAUCUACUGGCGACGAUGGUCUUGUCCAGGUUUGGAAGAAAGCCAACAACGACCAAUGGAUGCAGUACGCGGAAGUCGAUGCGAUU